AUGUUCAGUCGCAUCACCAAGCCACGGGCCAAUGCGCCCUCGCUCAUGAACAUUGAUUCCAAGGAGGAGUCUCGAAUCCGUCUCAAGAUGGACUUUGGCCUGAUACCUCUAGUCAGUCUCUUGUAUUUGCUUUCCUUCAUUGACCGGUCAAACAUUGGCAAUGCCCGACUCGCCGGUCUCGAAAAAGACCUCAGCCUGCGCAACUACGACUACAAUGCCAGCCUGUCCGUCUUCUACAUCUCAUACAUUGUCUUUGAAAUUCCAUGCAACGCAUUGUGCAAGUACAUGGGUCCCGGAUGGUUUAUCCCCUCCAUCACACUAGGUUUUGGCAUUCUCACCAUUUGCACGGCCUUUGUGACCGACUUUGCGACCUUGUGUGCAGUGCGAUUUUUACUUGGCAUAUUGGAGGCGGGCAUGAUGCCAGCACUGGUGUACUUUCUGUCAAGAUGGUAUCGUCAAAGCGAACUGACGUUUAGAGUGUCGCUAUUCAUUAUCUCGGCGUCUCUGGCCGGCGCCUUCGGUGGAUUGUUGGCAUCGGCGAUUUUGAGGCUCGACAGUUUUGGCAGCCUGCAUUCCUGGAGGAUGAUAUUUGCAAUUGAAGGAACUGCAACUGCGGUACUGGGCAUAAUUUGCUUCUUCGCCCUCCCGGACCGUCCCGAAACAGCUCUCUGGCUUACACAAUCGGAGAAGGAGCUUGCCAUCGCCCGACUCAAAUCCGAACGAAUGGCCACCACUGAGCUCGUGGAUCAAUUCAGCUGGAAACGAAUCCAACUCGGCAUCUUCAACCCAGUGGUACUCCCCACGGCCGUCAUCUUCCUCCUCAACAGCAUCACCGUCCAUGGCGUCUCGUUCUUUCUGCCCACAAUUGUCAAAACCAUCUUUCCCGACCAAAGCGUUUCCAACCAACAACUGCUCACGAUUCCGCCGUAUGUAUUGGGCGCAAUUACAUGUGCGGCAACUAGCUAUGUCUCUUGGCGUGUGAACCGGAGGGGCAUCUUUAUGAUUUGUUGCGCCCCUUUGACGGUUGUCGGCUAUGCCAUGUUCCUCGCGUCCACGAACCCCAACGUGCGGUAUGGGGCGACGUUUCUCCCGUUCAUGGGCAUAUUUACCUAUGGCGCCUUGACAAAUUCUCACGUCGCGGCAAAUGUUGUCUCCGACACGGCCAAGUCGUCUGCCAUUGCGACCAAUGUCAUGUUGGGCAACGUGGGCGGGUUGAUCUCAACGUGGGCAUUCCUUCCGUCUGAUGCACCUCAUUACAAGGUCGGUAAUGGGUUGAACUUGGCGGUACAGGCCAGCGUGAUUUUUAUAGCGACAGUGUUGUACUUUUGGGUGAAAAGAGACAAUCAGAGGAGAGAGGGGUUGGAUGUUGUGGCAGAGUUGGAGGGGAAAACCAUGCAGGAAAUUCGGGACAUGGACUGGAAACAUCCGGAGUUUAGAUGGAGAAACUAA